AUGGCCGAAUCAUCAGACAAAAACGAAGGCACAGCUGCCGCUGGAGAGGACAAGGACGAGACGGUUGACGCCAGCAACACCUCGCAAGCACAGGACGAUAACCAAGCACCCGAUAGUCCCGCCACUUCAGGUGGCGAAGUGCAUAGCUACUAUGGCGACCAGACGAUGACCACCCCCUUUCCUAUGACAGCUGGGAUUGAGUCUGGGAACUUCGACCCCGGCGAGGGUUAUGACGGAACAGUGAUCGACGUGGCGCCUCCCCCAGCCCAGCCAAUGUUAGCCGAGAAAAAGGCACCCGCGGCGAGUGAAGCGUCCAGCGCGACGAACUGCACGGGCGAGUUGAAGGCUAUGUGCGAAUCAUGCGGUCAAGUACUUACACAUGCCGGUGCCGCAUGCACAGCGUGUCGGGAUUGCGAAUUUUAA